AUGGUAUUCGUCAGACACCGACGUCUGUGCCGCAUGAGCCGCAGCACCAGCACCAUCUGCGGUUGCUGUCGCUAUUUUAGUAUCGGAGGGACGUCGGUCCUUCGCGGCAGCAGUGGUAUUAGUAAUAGUAUUAAUAGUAGUAGCAGUAGCAGUAGUAUUAUCAUGAGUGGUAAUAGUCAUCCCACGACUAAUCUUAUUAGUAUUCGUACUAUAUCCACUGGGAUGAACCGCAGGGAAAGUCGUUGUUCGGCUGUCAAUUUCGUUCUCUCGCCUCUGCGUGCGGGGUGGCGGCGAUUCCGUGCGCAGCGUUUCUUGCGUAAGUGUGCGACUCUCACGCUUGGUGUGUUGUUGAGUUGUUGUGGGUAUCUUGUGCUUUGUGCGGUGCUGCAGUGGCGGUGGGAGGCGGGCGUGGCCUCUCUGUUCGUCCCGCACGAGGAGUUCCCGCUGGAGGAGUGGGCGCAGGUGGAGCCGACGCUGCGGGAGGGCGACGUGGUGUUGAUGAUGGGCACCGGCAGCACCAGCCGCCGCAUCACGUGGGCGCAGUUUGCGUACAGUCUCCUGCGGCCCGCGGCCCUCCGCUACUCGCACGUCGGCGUCGUGGUGGAGCCCGCGCAGUUCGAGCGCUGGCCGCUUUACCGCCCAUCAUCCUCAACCUCAUCCACAAGUACAGGCACAUCUCUGACAACAACAACAACAACAGCGGGAGGGCGCGAUGGACUGGAGUACAGUGGUCGACUGUCGACGAGCACGAUUGCGGAUAUGCUGCGGGAUGAGCGGCUGCGACUGCAGCGAAAACAGAAACGCGGCGUUGUCAUGAUGGAAGUCGUCGACAACCUCGACGUGAACGCACCGGAUGUGAACGGCAAAGUGCGGCAUGAGUGUGUGCAGUUGGUGGAGGCAAGUCAUCGGCUGUUUGGACGCGAAGGGGAGCGGUGGUGUUACAACCGCUUUGCGGUGCGGCGGCUGAAGGGAUUUGAGUGGACCCCGCAGCGAAAAGGAUUACUGCGGCAGUACGUGAAUGAGAACGUUGGCCGCCCACUAGAUAAGAGUCCACUGUUGGUGCUUAGUUUCAUUCAUCCAAAGUUGUAUGAGUGGACAGGCGCACGGCGUACUGGGCGGGAGAUUAGCUGCGCAGAAAUGAUCGUGGAUCUGUACAAGCACUGCGGUGUCAUUCAAAAGCGAAUGCGACUAGUUCCCGUAGCGAGUAACAACGAUAACCAUAACGACAAUAAUAAUAAUAAUAAUAAUAAUAAUACUAAUAAUAAUAGUAACAACAGUAGCCCCCAUACGGAGAGUGCAGAUGUUAUUGUGAAUCACGAUGGCAGUAGCGAUUAUCCCGAAUGGUACUACAGCCGGCCAAGUAUACAAACAGCACCGUGUCACUUUGCAGAGGGACUGGAAGUUGGUGUGCUGGACUUUGCAGAGGGCAUUUCACUUGGGCCGGAGGUGCGUAUGAGUCUUCCCGGUGGACUCCCGGAGACAGCAGAGUAA